CAAAAAAAAUCGACUAUCGAAAAUAAAAUUUUAUUUGUUUUAUAUUAUAAAUGUUCUCUAAUUAAUACACAGUUAACUUUCAUAGGCGAAUAUUUAAAAAAAAUUGAUAUAUUCUACUCCCGAUUUACGAGACAAGAAAGAUGGUACCGCAAUCGCGAGCGAAGGGUGAACGCGAUGUAUUGGCAGGCGCGCGCUGUUAAGUAGCUGGCACACGCGCCAGGAAGGCAGUCGAUAAGUGGGGGUGGGGAAGAAGCUGCCGGAGUGGACAAGUUCAGCAACGCGAAUAUCGAUUCAGUCUCGCGCAAACCACCCUUAUGUGUUAGUGCUGCCGCGAAUUAUCGUCCAGUCUCGCAGGUCUCGCUGCUGGGGCAGUCGCUGUCGCUGUGCAACGGCAGCAGCAACAGCGCGUUCGAGCUUCGUUCUUGCGAUGCCCGCCUGACCCGUAAACGGAGAUUGUCCGAGCAAUCAUCGAACUGGAGGUCCGGCUUAGCCCAAGCCCAAUCUCGGCAUCGCCGAUGUCCGAUCAGUCUGAUGUCGACUGAUGUGCACCCGAUGUGGAUAUCCCGCGCAGUGGAUCGCGAUUAUUGAUUCUCGGAACCAACUCGUGUGUUUCGUUUAUUUCCUUUUCCUUCUUUCGCCUAGGAAUUGCUACGCCAUGGAAUCAUAGUCAUCGCAAUGUUGACGCGCGCGUUGAGAAAUAGAAGAGAGUAACGUGUGAGAAUCUCGCGCGGACCAGCGCGCCCGCGCAUUGCCAUCAUCCCUCCUGAAAGGGUUGUGAGAGCGCGUCGCGGCACUCUGCCGCCGCCGUCGUCGUCGUCGUCGCCGGCGCGCGGCGCAGCGCGACGUCCUCAUUCGCGAGGGAGACUCGGUAAGGCUCACCAAGUCACCCGACCUGAUCAUCGAGUCGAAUAUGACGCUGCCCAGUCGGCCACAAAUCGUAUCUUGUUACUCUUGACUACGAGGAUCGAAUAACGGACAAGCUGAGAAACGUGGACAAGCCGAGUGCGGGUCGAGACGAGAACCGUCGAGUGCCUCAUCAUCGAGGAGGUAUCAUGUCUUCGAUAUCGGCACAGGGCGUCGUCGAGCGUGCCAGCGCCGAACUGACCAAACGCAUCAACGGCCUGGGAUUGCGCACAUCGAAGCAUCAUGGGAGUGGCAAGACCAGUGUUAUGGAACGUGUGACAAACGUUUUCUGCGGCGGCAGUGGUAGCGUCGCUUAUAUGAAUUUACAAAGCGCAAAUAAUGCAAAUGCAACACCCGAUAAGCCCAGCCGAAGUGCCGCACAGACCAUUAACAACGUGCCAGCGGGCAACAAUAAGGAACGCUUGAAUAAUGUCACCCCGAGCAGAACUAGAAUACCUAGAAACAAGAUGAAAAUAACCGUUCCUCUGGCCAGUGGAGGAACCGGCGGCUACUUGCCACCGACUACGUGGGAACAGUUAAUGCAAGACGAUAAUUUCCUCGGACGAUUCUUUCUCUACUUUAACGCUACAGAAAGAAGAAUUUUGGCUCAAGUUUGCACGAGAUGGAGAGACGUUCUGUAUGCAAGACCGCGUCUUUGGACAGGGCUGGUGCCAGUGGUGCGAUGCCGUGAGGCACGUGCUAUGCAAUCAAACGCACGUACCCGACUUUACGCUUCUCUAGUAAGAAGAGGUUUUGAUUCUUUAGUUCUCCUAAGUGCGACAGAUGAAGAUAUUCCAGAAUUAACACGCGGUUUUCCGUUGGCACAACGAUACGUGCACUCUCUAUCAUUGCGGUGUUGUGCGAUAACGGAUAGAGGUCUCGAGGCUCUCUUAGAUCAUUUGCAGGCUUUGUACGAGCUUGAAUUAGCUGGGUGCAACGAGAUUACAGAGGCCGGUCUGUGGGCAUGUCUUACCCCCAGAAUAGUGUCGUUGUCUUUGUCGGAUUGCAUCAAUGUCGCUGACGAGGCUGUCGGUGCUGUGGCUCAGCUGUUGCCAAGCCUUUAUGAGUUUUCUCUGCAAGCUUAUCACGUUACUGAUGCUGCACUUGGUUAUUUCAGUGCAAAACAAAGCAGUGCACUCACCAUCUUGAAGCUGCAAUCUUGCUGGGAGCUCACAAAUCAUGGCGUAGUAAAUAUUGUACAUUCCUUGCCCAAUCUGACUGUACUGUCGCUUUCCGGAUGCAGUAAAGUAACAGAUGAUGGCGUUGAACUAAUCGCGGAAAACUUACCAAGACUUCGUUCCUUAGAUCUCAGCUGGUGCUCAAGGAUUACAGACGCAGCCUUAGAAUAUAUCGCCUGUGAUUUGAAUAAUUUAGAAGAACUCACAUUAGAUAGGUGUGUACACAUUACUGAUAUCGGUGUCGGUUACAUUUCCACGAUGGUUUCGUUGAAUGCUUUGUUUUUGAGAUGGUGUUCACAACUGAGAGAUUUUGGACUUCAACACUUAUGUGUAAUGAGAUCUUUACAAGUGUUAUCCGUGGCAGGUUGUCCAUUGCUCACAAGUAGUGGUUUAUCUAGUCUGAUACAGCUUCGACACUUACACGAGUUAGAACUAACUAAUUGUCCAGGAACGUCACGAGAACUGUUUGACUAUUUACAUGAACAUCUACCACGUUGCCUAAUCAUCGAAUAAACAUUAAGAAUAUCUACAAAUAAGAUUUCUUUAUAUACGAAUGUAUAUGUCGAACAGGAAGAAACUUAAACUGCGAAAACCAGAUCUUAAUUUAAAAAGUUCGCAGAAAGCAAUAUUUUGAACGAAAGACGGGAGCAGUAUGAAAAGUAACUGACGUCCAGAUAAUGAAAGAAUACUACAUUUUCCUCGUAAUGGUCUAAGAGAACACUAGCCCUCAAUAUAAUGCAUAGACAUUUUUAAUACAUUACCGUCUUAUGCACUUCCGUUCGUAUUUUUUCAUUCUACCACGUAAUCAUAUUACGGGCGUGUACGAUUGCGAUUGUAUCUAUAUCGAUAGCAAUUGUAUCUAUAUAGACAAAACAAAGAAGACUCAUGCAUGUAAUAAUUAUGUACACAGAAAUGAAUUCAAUAUUGUACAUUAGAAAAGAUUGAUAAUGCAUUAAAAAAAAGACGAGUCCUUCUUUUUUUUGCCUCUUAAUAAUGUAGAAAAUUUAACUAAAUAUAUGGCAAGAGACUCAACAGUUAGAACUGUGAUAAAUUUAUAUUGUACAUAAUACAAAUUGGUUCAUAUACAUUUAAAUAAUUACUUACAUUUACAUUAUCAAACGCAUUUGGCGGAUGUAACAGCCGGAUCCAACAAUGGAGUAGUUGAAUAAUAAAUUUAAAAAUACAUACCAUUUACAUACUGUUAUUAUUCGAUUAUUGUCUCCGAAUUUACGUCUGUUGAGUAUGCAUUGUUUCAUUCUUUGCGAUUAUAGCUGCAACACACUCCACAUGUUGCUUGAAAGAAAGUAUUUAGCAGAUAUCAAAUACAUUCAUACACAGACAGUAACAUUCCAAGUUUAUAUUAUCCAGGAAUCUUCGUCAAUACAUGAUUAAUGUCGUUUGUUUGAUAGAAUGUGUGUUAUAGACAGAAAAUCAUGGCCCAUAAUUGUAGCACAAUAACGUGAUAACAUCGUCAUCCAUAUAUUAUCUUCAAUCCCUGUGCAAUCAGUGUUUUCUAAAUUUAAGACUUUUUACUAGCUGUAUUCUUUGUGGUCUUCAAGUAUAAGUAUAUAUUAAUGUGAUACACAUAAUUAUUGUAUAUUUCAAAUGACUUAUUUUAAUAAUUUGUUACGUCAAUAUGUGUCAUAUUAUACCUUUUAUUGGCAUAUAUAUCGAAUAGUAGGCUACUAAUAAGUAUCAUCAUAUUAAUCAAUUUAAACGAGCGCUGCACAUCUAAUCGAGUUACGUAUUAAGAAAACGGCAAUAAAAUGCCAAAGAAUAUUUUUCUUUAUUUACGAUUGUUACAAGCGCCAUUCAUCGGAGACGCAAAAAACUUAAAAAAUAUAGUAAAACAUAUAUAUAUAUAUAUAUAUAUAUAUAUAUAUAUAUAUAUAUACAUACACUGUGCAAUCAGUAUUUUUUUUUAAUUUAGACUUUUCACUAACAUUUUUCAUAGUGUGUAUUAAUGCAAUAUAAUUAAACUAGAUACUUUGCUAGAGAAAAGUCUGAAAUUUAAGAAACAUUGGCUGCACAAUAUAUUAUUGUAUUACAUAGUGCAUCUUUUAUAUUAAUAUAAAAAAUUAAUCCCUACAAACUAAACUGUUAAAACAUUGUAUUUUAUGUGAUGUAUUUAUAAAAUGAUGAUUGUGGAUAUGUUCAUAAAUCAGGAAUAUUCUAUUAAGUUAUGGAUAAUUUCUCAAAACAAUCUAAUAAUCGUAUGCAAAGAAGAUUUUUACGUGUUGUCACAUGUUUGGCGUAUAUGAUACUUUUGUAUAUAUUGUACAAACUAUAUACCUAUAUAAUUCUGUUAUCAAUCAAAACUGAACGUAAAUUUAUCUAUACAGGCAAUAUACAAUUAUAUAUCGAAAAAUCAUACUGUGAAAUAUUGCUCACAGAUGCAAUGUUUAACGAUGACACAAUACAAAUGGAAAUGUGCUGUGAAAUAAAAAUGAAAUAAAAAUUUAUUGACCAGAA